CUGACAGUGACAGCAGUAAAGUACAACUUCCAUCAGAGUUUUUUGAAAAUAUGGGUGAUUCGAAAGACAAAAAAGCUGGUUUGUAUAAAUGUCUCUUCAAAGGCUGUAAGCUAAAGACGAAAAAAAGAUGGGACACCAAAGUAUCUCGUAGUCAAGAAUGAUUCAAGGUGCAACGGAAAGCGUCAUUUUCUGGCACAUGAUCCCAACAAUGAACUUGGACUAAAAGAGAAGUGGAAUUUGGCUGUUGUCAAGAUGACUGGUAAAAACAAAAUUUCAACUGUGGAUCGUGCUCCAACUAGUCUGCAUAUUCUCAGACAAUCAGACUUUGAUAAAUACGUAUUGAAUUUCCUCAUCAUGGAUGGAAUACCUCUUCAUGAAGUUGAAAAUGAAGGAUUCAAGUUACUUAUGUCUAAAGCAGCUCCUCAUUUAAAGAUAUAUGGACGAACGUUCUACACCAUGUUACUUAAAAAAGAAUUUGCUAGCAGACAACAGCAACUCAAACAAGUAUUACUUAAUUGUAGUGAUGCUGCCACUACCAUAGAUGCGUGGACGUGCAGUAGAAGAUCGUACUUAGGCGAAACAGUUCAUUGGUUUGACAAGGCCAGAGUGAAACGACAGAGUGCCUGCCUUGCAUGCCGUCGCAUAAAAGGACGCCACACGCAUGACGUUUUGGAAAAACUGAUCGAAUCAAUUCAUGAAGAAUACCAAAUAACGGAUAAAUUGCGUGGGUCAACGACAGACAACGGUUCCAACUUCCUAAAAUGUUUUCGUGAAACGGGUGCUUCAUCUACGCUUCCGAAUUAUGAAGAAGAGGACAAUCAAGAUUACUAUGAUGAUUCUAAGGAUGAAGAGAUGGUUUAUUUUGAAAUCGGAGAGAUAUUGAAUGACCAUUCAGGAGACACACUAUUGAGAAACGAAAAUUUGACACUACCUGUGCACAGACGGUGUGCUUGCCACCUACUCAGUUUAGUUUCGAAAACCAAUGUAAAAAAAAUCCAAGACUACCUAUUCGAACAAUUAAGGUCAACUGUUUUCGAGAAACUUCAGAAGAUAUGGAAUAAGCAAAAUUCCAGUUCUUUGAAUUCUGACAUUAUAGUGCGGCACUUAGGUAAACUCUUCGUUGUUCGAAAUGACACGCGUUGGAAUUCCGAGUACAAUGCUGUAAGCUGUUUUGUUCGAUUAUUGAAGAAGAAAAACCGUGCAUUGAAGAAGCUUUUUGAAGAACUAAAGCUUGAUUUCAUAACACCAAAUGAAGAACAAUUUUUAAAAGAGUACGUUGUCGUAAUGAAACCUAUGUGCGAUUCCUUGGAUAUAUUACAGGCUAACAUACAUGUUGGAAUGGGGUAUUUAUUACCAACUCUUACUGUGUUGCGAAAGAAGUUGAUGUCUUUUACGGAUGACACUUCUAUUACUCUUUGCCAGGCUUUAGUCAAUAGUCUAUUGGAUGCGAUUCAUUUUCGGUUCGACAAAAUGUUCACUGACAACGAACUUCGACUAGCAACGAUAACGAAUCCCAUGUUUAAGCUCUCGUGGCUAGACAAAGAUGAAGAUAUUGAACUUGCAAAAAGUUUGCUAACUUGUGAAUAUAAUCGUCUUAAGGGCAUCGCACAAGAGGCUUCUUCGUAUAUGAAAGCAGUGACUGUUCUUCAUCUUCUCUAUCUGGCCCAAGCCCAAUAA